AUGAACAUCGAACAAGCAUAUCAAAUUGCAAAAGUCGAUUAUGAAUCUUGUCGUUACUCGAUUGAAAGACAUAAUUUUUUUCUACAUGUUCUUGAAGAGAUGCAUAAAGCAUUUGGUCAUCAGAUAGAAACGAUUAAAGACAGUGUCGAACAUGAAAUCGAAAAGAAGACAAAUAUCAUGAAGAAUUCCAAGAAAACGAUCGAUGAUGUGGAGAUGAAUAUUAGAGAAUUUUCGCUUCUUGUUCUUGCUACACUAGAUAAAAAAAUCUGGAUUUCACAAAGAAUUGAUCACGGAAAAGAUUAUUAUAUGCAUUAUCAAGUAACUGGAGGACAUAAAAAAUUAGACGAAACCUUUGAGAUGUGUGCUAUUAGGGAGGCUAAGGAAGAAGCUGAUAUUGAUGUGACUACGAUGGAUUUUGUAGAUAGUCAUGAAGGGACGGAACCGAAUACGAAUGGUGAAUGGAUUGCGGUUGAUUUUAGAAGCUUCUUGAGAGAUUACAAGUUGACGAAUACGUUACAGCUUUAUUCGUCAAAGAUCGUUGAGGUGCUCAACGAAAGAUUUAAGAAGAACAAGAGAAAACGUGCCAAUGGAGAUCGCAAUUUGAAAAAAAAAUUAAAAACGGUUAAUGAUGAAAGUGUGGAAAAGGGGGAUGAAAAUCUAGAAAAAAGUAAAUCAUCUGAUGAGAGUGGAAUCGAGGAGAGCAUCGAUGGAGAUGAGAAUAUUACACAACAUGAGACCGAUUUUUAG